AUGAAUCCAACACCCAAAUCCAUCCAAACCCACCAACCACAACUCUUCCCUCCGAUCCCUUCCAAGCCACAAGACGUGAUUCCACAACAACAACAACAACAACAACAACCAAUGAGACCCAUCACUCCUGCAGCGGUGGUGAUUCCACAACAACAACAACAACCAUACAGUUCGACGCCAAUGACAGACUACUCAAGGAAUAUUCCUCUCAAUCAUUGGAAUGGAUCAUCGGGAGAUCAUCUUCAUGCAUCAACCUCAACCAGUAAUACCAUACACGUGCUUUCGAAUGAAAAUUAUGGAAAUAAUUGGCAGCAACCAGUGGUGAUGUAUCAGCAACAGCCUAAAGAUUUAAUUUAUGGAGGAGAAUUAAAUCAUGGUAGCAACAACUAUGUUUAUAUUACUAGAGAUCAUUCAGUGUCACCAAAUUGUAAUGUCACAACUAAUGUGUUGUCUCAAAAUAGUGGUCAUGUGAAUGGCUUAAAUAAUAGCCAACAACUUCAUGUGCCUAUGGAUCAACAAAUUCAGAACGUUUCGUCAAAAAGAAAUAGUUCACAACACGUAGAAUCCAACAAGACAUCUCUCACCAAUUCAUCAUCACCCUCAGCAUCUACCACUUACAACAAUCAUCAAGAAACUACAAAUAAUUCACAUUUCUCUUCAAAACAACAGACACCACCUGCAUUUCAUCAAUCCAGUCCAUCCAGUAACCACUUGACUACUGGGCUGAACUCGACCAUCAACCAUCACUUUCAUGAUGUAAGCCAAUUUCAAAAUAACUUUUCAAAUUCUCAAAAAAUUCCAAAAAAGUCCGUUUCUACAGACAAUCCAAUUAACAAGAUUGCGAAUGUUGUUGAGGAUUUUAUUGACCGAAUUGUUCCAGGUGAUAAAGGCACUCGAGUUGACCUUACAGAGCCAAAACCAAUUAAAGGACUUUCGAAUAACAUUGGAGAGUACAAUUGCUUUUUGAAUGUUGUGAUUCAAAGCUUGUGGAAUUCUCGACCAUUCAGAGAAUUAUUUUUAUCCAUUGAUAAGGAUAGACAUUUUCACAAAGAUCCACAAUCUUGUGUGUUUUGUGCUUUGAAGACUUUGUUCACAACUUAUGAGACUGAUGCACGAUCAGUGAUUGAACCCAACGAUGUGAGAACAAGUCUCUCGUUUGCUCAUAACAAAGAUUCUAAAUUUCAAUUAAGACGUAUGGAUGACGCUUCCGAAGCAUUUCAAGCAAUUUUAGAUGAUGUCAAUAAUUCACUCAAGUAUGACCAAAUUCCUAUCUUUGAUUUUAAUGUGACUGAUUUUUAUGUGUGUCGUAAUUGUAAUUCAUAUUCUGAGCCACACAACUACACGACAAACAAUUGGUGCAUUUCCAGUAGUGAAUUUGUCUCCAACAAAAGAAGAGAUCCCAACAUGUCAUUUGAGAAUGCUAUUCGAUCGUCGAUUGAAAGUUUCCAUAAAACUUGUGAGAAUUGUAAAGCGAUAUCUGACUCCCAGAAACAUAUUUUCCAAACCUUUCCAGCAGUGUGUACGAUAUCCUUCUCUUGGGAAUCUGAUGUUAUUUCAGAAGAUUCUAUUUUGGAGUUUAUGUCUUAUUUCAAAAUUAAGAAUAUUAAUUUACAUGAAAUUUUUAGAUUGUACUGUAAUGGAAAUGAUAUUGAAGUGAUUGGAAAUGUAUCUUCGAUUAUUUGCUAUUAUGGCAGACACUACAUUUGCAUUGUUUAUGACAAGAAAACAAACAAAUGGUUUGGAAUUGACGACAGUCGAGUAAGAGAAAUUCCUGAAGUAGAACUCGCCCAUUUCAUCAUUUCUUCAAAGUUUCAACCUUGUGUAGUACUGAUUGAGGUUGAAAAAAGCAAAGGAAAUAUUGAAAUUGAAAGAACGCUCAAGCAAAAGGCAUCUAUAGCUGAAAUUGAGCUUAUUUCUCCAUUGAAAAAGAAGACUUCUUUAAGUCAAUUGACAAACACUCAAACAGAUUCCAGUGAAAUUCAAUCGAACAGUUCAAACUUCAUUGUGGAAAAUCAUCAAAUUGGAUUAAUUAUCGAUGGAUAUGGACCUGUCUCUGACUUCUUUGUAUGGAGACAAACCACCAAUAAUUCCAGUAUUUACACACGUACAGUAACCCUUUCAAAAGAUCACAUGAAUAGCAUUUCAUCUCAACUGAAUAUUUGUUUGUUUUUAGAUCAGAUUGAACUUGUAGACAAGGAAGCAGUCACUGUCAAAAUUUGCUUUGCUCCCACAGGUGGAUCAAGAACCUUUCAAUGGUUAGACAUUGGUAAGCUUGACAAGAAUAAGAGAAGUCUAUUCUCAUCCAUUCCUGUUGGCUUUAUUUUGACCGAUGGUGGUUUAUCAAAGUCUUAUGAAUUGUAUUUUACCCUGAAAAAAGAAAGAAGCACUCAUUAA